CGGUUCAUCAGAGACGGCAGGCUUUCGAGAUGGUGGUGGUGUCGGAAAGAUCUAAUGUUGGGUAUUUAUCACUAUAUGGACUUACUUGGUUGCGAUGGUAGAUACGACCACCUACCUUAUAGUACACAUUUGUCAAUGCGAAAAGAGCAUAUAGUAGUAACCCGACUCCCAGCAGCACUAAAAUUGUCCUACCCCACCAGUUACCCUAGCAAACAGAAGCUUUAAUUUAUAUGCUCUUCACUGAGGGGCUACCUACGCUGCAUACCGUAAGGGUUUCCACAGCCUUGCCUGUGACACUGUGAUUUUUAUCUGCACUCGCUCCGUCCCCACCUGCGGCACUCCGGAACAUGAGGAUGGCAACUAGCAAGAACACAAGACCUCUUGCGGUGAACCCAAUGUGGCCUAGUCCGUGAACUGAAUCGAUCUCAAUACUUUGUCUUUGUUCUGAUACAAGUCCCGCUUAAAGCUCCCCGUAUAUGCAACUUGGAACUGUAUGAAGGUGGCUAAAAGAAAGACAAGGCCAAAGAAGCAGACGCCAAAUUUCCCCAGUGAACCGGAAGACGCCCAGCUGUCUAUCAUUUUACACAGGAUGCCUCUUAGUUAUGUGACCGAGGGACAUCCCAGACACAUUGCAUACCUGGAAAGGAACUUUGAGUUAUUUCUGUUCCCUGUUGUGCAUCUCUCUGGCUACGAGUUGUGAAGAUUGUUCGUAUGACAUAGUACGCUAUCGAGUGACAAUAUACACAGCACCAGAAACAAAUGGCGAGACUCGGUACUUGAAGAAAUUCUUUUUUUGCGAGAACGUAGCAUCCGAUCCUUGACCUUGGAAUGCCUCCCAGCUGUUUCAAUUAGAACACGUUCAGAAUGAAUCCAAAUCCGUAAGUGCACAUACAAUCUCCAGAUGCAGUAAAAUACGAGGGCGACGGCGAGGACAACCAAUAAGGGAAUUCCGACAGCGUUGUCGCCGACUAGGACAAAGACCCCCUGUGGUGACGAAUCUUCCCCACCACCCGCGGCGUUUCUGAUCAGGAGUCCUCCUAAUACACCGUACUGCAUAAAUCCGUUAGCUACAAUUCAGAGCACACGAUCUGGUAAUCUCAGCACUGGAACGCACGAUGAUCGAUUUCGCAACGAACCCGACUCUACCAAAGACUUUAACGGCAGGUUUAUGCUUUGGAUCGAUUUCAACGGCGUUCGGUGGAUGGCGGAAAUCCUCCGAAUUGUACGUCACAGUAGAGCUCGCUGUACUAGGCCUACUUUCCCCUAUCUUGAUCUGGGGAGAUUGUCGUCUGCCGUAAAGCAAUGAGACGGCGUGACAUUCCAAAGGCAGCCGUCAAAUAAGAUACACACCCACUCUCCAAGUCAACAUCUUUACUACCAGGAUCAUAUCGCAUCUCUUCAUGAUCUGGAGUUAUUCUUCUCCCCAUUUGCGUCUUGUUCAAAAGCUGAUAUGCGAGUGGAAAACCAAAAGCAAUGUGUGCUAUUUCAAUUUCAUCCCAAAGUCCGCAUGUGGCUGUGGAGUCAAUAAUUACGUGACGUCAGCUCAUUUAGUGUGACAUUUGACAGGACGAAGCGAUCGGACUGGUAAGCGGGUUUUUUGUCGUCAUUUGAGACAUGGAGCGUCUCGCGGAGCUUCCUCCAAACGUCUUACCCCUAAGGGGCGAGGUCAAAGGAUCGUUUGCAUAUGUUACGGUGAAGGACAGGCUUCCCGUCAUAUUGACAAAAGCCAUCGACACUCUUACGCGAACCCUGCAUGCCGAGACAGAUGACUAUCCCGCCGAGAAAACUGCGGAAGCCAAGGACUGCAUAUCUCAGUUGAGCAAACUGACAUAUGAGCUACAGAGGGAUCGUCCCUUAGAUAUCCUUCGGGAUUCGGAAGAGGAUGCGGAAACCUGGAACUUCCUGCUAGGGGCGGUUGCCAAGGACAAGAAGACUUGGUUCUCGGCGCCUUGGCUCUUUGUCGAGUGCUACAUGUACAGAAAAAUUCGCGAGAUAUUUAGUCGAACUAAAUAUUGGAAGGAUUUUGAUGUGUUUGCCGCACAGCAGAAGGAGCCGGCUCUAUUUGGAUCACUCAAAUCCGUGGAGGAGCUUGGGAAGCACCUCCAUGACGUAGAGCUGUCGCUAACCAACGAAUUGGAGCGAAAGGCAAUUUUGAAAGAAUUCCUGCAAUUUUCCCUAUGGGGCAAUCAAACAGACCUGUCUCUGCUUAUCAACGUGACUCACGCCGAUAUACACGCGAUGCAGACGACAUCGGCCGGAAGCUUGGCAAAGGUUGAAGAAAAGGUCAUUGUUAACGACCUGGAAAAAGUUCUUCAACGACUGGAGGGCAUCAAACGCGGGAGGGUCGACAUCAUCUUGGAUAAUGCAGGUUUUGAGCUGUUUGCGGAUCUGUGUCUCGCAGAUUGGCUUGUGCAUUCGAGUACUGCGGCCAAAAUAGUGUUCCAUGCAAAGGCCUUCCCAUGGUUCGUCAGCGAUACCACCCACAGAGAUUUCAAAUGGACUUUGGACGCAGUGGAAAACCAUGCACGCGCAACUAAUAACGCUAUUCUGCUCCAUCGGUUGGAGAAAUGGCGAGCAUUGCUUGCGGACGGCACCUGGGAAGUCAGAGUAGAUCCAUUCUGGACGUUGCCAUAUCCUUUUUGGCAGCUUCCCACUGCAGGAAAGCAUAUCUACGAAUAUAUGUGUCGAUCGGAUUUCUUGAUCUUCAAGGGCGACUUGAAUUAUCGCAAAGCUGUUUAUGACGCGGAAUGGCCAGUAACCACGCCAUUCAAGGAAGCCCUGGGCCCCUUAGCGAAUGAUAAGACUCCGCCACUCCUCUUACUCCGAACUUGCAAAAGCGAUGUCGCAGUUGGACUGAAACCUGGGCAAGCUGAGCAACUUACUGCUGAAGAUAAGGGUUGGAUGGUCAACGGAAAGUUUGGGAUGAUUCAAUACCAUUCGUCCUCUUAAGACGCAGCCAUUCUAUCAUUGUGACGAUACCCUUGUGGCGUGGGCAUCAAAUAGCCCUGCUGUCAUCUUCGAUAUUUGAUGUGAGGCUGAGGCUUUAGAACCUUAGGGCAGACAUGUAUUCAAUAUUACAGCUAGAGAGCAUAUUUAUGCCUAUGAAGGCGUAAUCCCGACUACGUGUAUCCACCAGCCUCAUGGCUUCCCAGAAUUUAUAAAUUUUCAGGCCAUUGACGGUAAAUAGCAUUUUGUCUCCAAAG